CAAAGGCUGAACCAAUCGCGGCUAGUCAGCUGACAGCUACUUCCGCCAGUGUCACGGAGUUGUGUUGUCAAAAUGGGGCACGACACUCACCACCACCACUUUUCGCUGUGUUUCUGUGAUUUGAUGAGGCUGCUGUGGUCGCUGUUGGUGCCAUGCUUCUACCUGAGCCUGAUCCUCACCCUCGCCCUCUUGCUGCUCCUGUUGGGGCUCCGCAUGUGGCUGCAGGGCCGCCGCAAGGCCCGCCGUGCUCAGGAUGGCGGCCCGGCGGUGGCUUUUUUCCACCCCUACUGUAACGCCGGAGGAGGCGGGGAGCGGGUCCUUUGGUGCUCCCUGAGGGCCCUGAUGCAACGAUACCCCAGUGUCUCCUUUGUGGUUUACACGGGUGACCAGGGAGUGACUGGUGAGCAGAUUCUGGAGGGAGCCCAGCAGCGAUUCAGCAUCACGCUGCCUCGACCCGUCGCCUUCAUCUUCCUGCGUCACCGCGUGCUGGUGGAGGCCAGCUCUUACCCUCACUUCACCCUGCUGGGCCAGAGCGUCGGCUCCAUGUUCCUGGGGUGGGAGGCACUGACGGCCUUCAUUCCAGACCUGUAUGUGGACUCGAUGGGUUACGCCUUCACCUUGCCAAUCUUCCGCUACCUGGGAGGCUGUCAAGUGGCGAGCUACGUUCACUACCCCACUGUCAGCACCGACAUGCUGUCUGUGGUCAGAGAGAGGAACGCCAGAUUCAACAACGCUGAUUUCAUCUCUAGAAACCCCGUGCUGAGUGCCGUGAAGGUCGUGUACUACUGCUGCUUUGCUCUGCUGUACGGCCUGGCCGGCUCCUGCAGCGACGUCAUCAUGGUGAACUCCACCUGGACGCUGGGACACAUCCUCGCCCUGUGGCGCGCUCCGAGCCGCACCGGCGUCGUCUACCCUCCCUGUGACAUUAGGGCCUUCCUGGACGUCCCACUGGAGGACGAAGAUGACAUGGAGGACUGGGAGGAGCUUGGACAAGAAGAAGACGACAAGAAGUGCCACUCCAUUGUGUCGGUGGGUCAGUUCAGGCCGGAGAAGAAUCACCAGCUGCAGAUCAGAGCAUUUCACAAACUGCUGGACAGGAAACGGGACGGCCUCGGGGGGAGGGAAUCUCUGCGGCUGGUGCUGAUUGGUGGAUGCAGGAACCAGGAGGACGAGGAGAGGGUCUUAAAGCUGCGAGGCCUCUGUCAGGAGCUUGGCAUCUCUGACCGUGUCGAAUUCAAACUCAACAUCCCCUUCGAGGAGCUGAAGAGAGAGCUGGUGGACGCCACCAUCGGUCUGCACACUAUGCAGAACGAACACUUCGGCAUCGGUGUGGUGGAGUGUAUGGCUGCAGGCGCCAUCGUUCUCGCUCACAAGUCCGGAGGUCCAAAGCUGGACAUCGUGGUGCCGUUUGAAGGCGGACAGACGGGCUUCCUAGCUGACAGCGAGGACAGCUACGCUGCUGCCAUGGAAACCAUCCUGGCGAUGUCACCAUCUGCUCGACUGGAAAUACGAUAUAAUGCUAGGGACUCUGUGGAACGAUUCUCCGACCAGGAGUUUGAAUCUUGUUUCCUGGCUGCCAUGGAGUCUCUGAUGAGUAAGUUAGAGCGAUGAGUUAAAGCCAACGAGGUGAGGAGUCCACCGGGGACCAGGACAUUAUUGGUCGUUCAAACAGUGCUACACAGAUAUGUAGGAUUGAGCAGUAAGGGUGUGUAUGUUUAACACAACUUAAGCUUGCAGGUGUAAGGGUGAGGUGGUGGAUCAUUCACAAAAUCUCUCAAAACAGUCAACGCUAUCGAGAAACUCCUGGUGGACACCCAGAGCUAAAAUUGGGAUGAAUAAACGAGAACAGAAAAUCCAGGACUGCAUGUGUCACACCUGUGUGAAAGUCAUCAGUGAGAGCAGAGCUGGAAGAACGACGGUGGGAAAAUCCUGGCAGUCAUUCUGCUCAUCAGCAAACUGAUUCACGUGUUGACGUGACUUAAA